CGAAAAACGAUUGGCCCAUAUCUGAACUGGAGCUUGCGACGGGAAUCUUCGACACCGGUGUCUUUGCAACAACACGAUGAGUCGACCGCAAUCGAUCCGGUCCGCCGCGGCGACGAUCACGUCGCUCAAUCGAUACCUAUCCAGUAAAGCGGUGAAACUUCCAGAGUACCCUGUGGAUACGUCGUACUUGGUCUCCCACUACACGGCGCCGGCGUUGGCGGCUGCCUUCCGCGACAGAGAACAAACGUUGCGGCGGUGUGCGCAGCUUCUCGCAGACGGUGAAAUCGAUCAGCUCUCGAAGCUCUUGACGCCGUUCCGUGGCCAAGCUGUGAUCAAAGACAAGCCACCCACGACACCCCUGGACGACGCGUUUUCCGUGCGUCAUCUGGACCGCAUCAAGAAGCGACUGAACCGCCUACCCCGUCAAAUCGCCAAGAUGUCGCACAAACGCGCGGCGGUCGUGAUUCCGCUGUGUACGAUUGACGGUGCGCCGCACGUGAUCUUCACACUGCGGUCGUCCCACAUGCGCUUCCAUCGCGGGGAAGUGUGCUUUCCAGGCGGGAUGGUCGAGAGCGGUGACACGUGCAUCGAAAACACGUGUCUCCGCGAAAUGGAGGAAGAGCUGGGGGUGCCAUCGUCUCAAGUGAACGUCCUCGGCGUCUUGCGGUGCGACUGGUCCAACGUGGCGUCCAUCACGGGCGUGGCGGUGACCCCCGUCGUCGGACACAUCGACGCGUUCGACGAAGCCAGCUUGAACCUCAACUCGGACGAGGUCGAGAGCUUGUUUACGGUUCCGCUGGCGCUCCUCGUCCAAGACAAGUUCUGGAUCCGCCCAAAGAAUGCCACGCCCGUGUUCACGGCCGGCCCGCAUUUGAUCUGGGGACUCACGGCCUACGUGUUGGACAUUUGCAUCCGCGAAGUGCUCUUGGUGGACGAAGCCACGACCGACGACAAGGUGGAAGCUGCUGCGGCCCCCAACGCCCAGUUUGUAUAAGUAUAUUUAACCCCUUUUGCAGGUCCAGUUCAUUCCCUUUAGCUUUACACGAUGCUGCGGCUUAUGUCGCAGUAUGCAAGGUGUAUCGGCGUGCAAACAGGAUAGGAUGGGGAAAACAAAUGGAAAAAGAAAUAGUUGACGAUUCAAUACAUUAUUUUCUGUAAAUACAGACAAUAAUUAAAUAUAUAAUUUAU